UUUAUGCAUCGCAACUCAUUGAUUUAAUAUGAAGCUCAGCUGAAUUCCAGCAUUACCUUCCGUCGGGAAGAUGCCUGACUUCAUCAGCGACUUCUAAAGGUCGCCCAGAGCUGUUUGUAGCGCCUCGGGUCGUCGUAGUUGGCCUGAGAUCUUUGGAGAUCAUGGAGAAAGUGGAGGUGUUCGAGGUUGUGAAAGUGACUGAGGAGGUGGAGAGCUACUACAGCAAAAUGGAGGUGACUAUUCCAAAAAAGAGGAAGAGCAAAGGUCAAGAAGACAGUGUUGAGAAACCUAAAAAGCCUAGGUCUGCCUACCUGCUAUACUACUUUGAUCUUCAUCAGAUUAUGCAAAAGAAAAUCCCGAGUCUACCACAGUCAGAGAUCAACAAGAGAAUCAGCGAGAGCUGGAAAAGGCUCAGUGUAGCUGAGAGAGGCUACUAUCUCGAGAAGGCCAAGUCAGAGAACGAGGGCAAAGACACUUCGUCUCUCAACCUCUCCAAAGAUCUGCCUGGCUUCCGCAAAAUCCUCCCCAGAGCCAGUUACUUUCUCUUAUCCAAAGGCUGCUCCUCAAAUCAGCAGCUAGCAGGCGCUCAGUCAGAGGUGAGGUUGGAGGCUCUGGACUCUCCAGGGGAGGGAGGCCUGCCUUCAGUCCCUCUCCCCCAGUUCACACCUCUUGAGUUGGACAGUGAGGUGGAGCUUUCUGAGCAGUCCAUUGUUGUCGACGGCAUAGCAGACGAAACAGAAGUGGUGUCUAAUCCCACAGACCCCAAAGGCAUCCCUCGCUGCUCAUCCUCCUCUGUUUCAUGCAAAGCCCAGUCCUCUAUAGAUGCUCACGUCUCACAGGGCUCUGGUGGCCUUACAGCAAAUGGGGUCACUCUAAAUGGAAAUGAGACAAGAGUUGCUGCUUGUGGUUAUGGUGGAGCGAUGGUGCAGCAGAUACAGGGGGAGAUGACACAUGUGGUUUCCAUCGUACCCACACAGAACCUGCUAGAGUCCAAGUCUUUGCCAGGUGUCAGCUCUGUGGGCCCAUUGAUGCUGGUCUCUGUCGGAGCCAGCACAGAACAAAGUGCCAAACCUUUCUAUAAAAUGUCUGUUAAGACAUACACCCGAAGAGGUCGAGGGAGGUGUCUAAAUCCUGGGUGUUCGUUUGUUUAUGUCACCCGCCACAAGCCACCAAAGUGUCCUGAAUGCGGGAACCACUUGGGUGGAAAAUGGAUCCCUGCUGCAAAGAAGGCACAAGAGAAAGGACCUGCGUCCAAGCAAUUGCCACAGAAAGCUGAAACCAAGACUCACGAAAGCUGCCAAGCCACACCUCCCCCGGCUCAGAAUGCAGAUGUCAUUGAAAUAAACGCCACUGGGAGCAAAAAAGUAGGGCAAGUUCAACGGCGCGCCAAAAAGCAGUGUGCAGUUCCAGCUGAAAAGCCACCAGAGGGCAGCAGCACCAAGGAGCAGGAACAAAACAAGACAGCAACCAUGAAAUUACCGAUGAAAGGCCGCCUUCAGAGCACGGCUGGCCAAAGCCAAGACGGAAGCAAUGCUGCAGUUCAGAAGAGGCCAGUGAGAGCCAUACUUCCUGCCUACUAUAACACAGGCCGGGCUUUGUUCCAGAUCAUAACGGUCCCACCUGACAAAGGAAAGAUUCAGAGUGCAAACGACAAUAAAUCAUCAACCGCGCCUCGAGAGGGUUUCUCAGGUCUCAAACCCAGCACUUUAAAGCAGCUCGGCCAGACGGUCCCAACAACUGUAGCAAAGCAGGACUCUUCUGUUCCAGUAGCUGGAAGCCAGCCGAAUUGUCCAAUGGUCGAUAAGGGAGUGAAUAUCGUGUCAUUCGUCCCUUUCAAACAACACACCGUUUCCAGCUUUGAUUUGGGACUGUCUACAGCUCGAGGAAGGGGUCGAUGUAAGAACACGUCCUGUGACUAUAUGUACAAGAACAGACACAAACCUGCAGUGUGCCCUAAGUGUGGCUGUGAGCUGACCCAGAAGAGCGCCAAGGCAACCAAGUCCGAGACUCUGCUCGAUCCGUACCAGACCCUGAGUCCUGCUCAGAAGGACAUCCAGCGCCAGAACACUCUGCAGCUUCUGCACCGCUCCCUGCAGAUCCCUGAGAGCGAGACUGAGCUUCAGGAAACGCUGACCCUCAUCCAGGAGCUCAACAGUCUCCAGAUCGUCUUGGUUCAACCAUGUGGACAGGAGCACGGGGACAACUUGGAGACGGAGACGCUGGUGGAGUCUGGGUGGCCUCAGUUCUAUGAGUCAGCAGCAACUCACUGUGGCUUGUGUAGCUAUCCUCUCUUCAAAGGAGGUCAGAGUACCGUCGCAGGACAAGAAGACUGCUGGCUGCUGACUGAGACUCUGAUCCAGACGGCCACUCUUCAGCUCAAGGUGUGUCUCAACGUUCAGUGUCUGGCUCUGCACAGCUUCACUGACCUACAUCCAGGUUUGUUCAACAUUGGGAACAGACUGCUUGUAAGUAUUGACCUGUUUCUGAAGAUCAGGACCUGUAUCAAACAGGGCCAAGCCCCCCCUCAGGCAGCCAGGACCACACUAGACCACACCCCCAAUCACCCUGUCCACGCGCUGAGUCCAGAGGAGAUCUCUCAAAUCCAGGAGCUUCUCCUGAGUGGCUACUGGGCCUUUGAGUGUCUGACGGUGCGCGAUUACAACGACAUGAUCUGCGGCAUUUGUGGUGUUGCCCCCAAACUGGAGAUUGCAAAGCGAUACACAAGCAACGUCCUGGAGCUAAAGAAUGUGGAGUUUACUUGGCCUGAGUUUUCAGUCUCGGAUGAGGUACACGUUGACGACUUCUGGCUGACGAUGGAAAGUGAGGCUAUCGAGCAAGCAACUUUCCCCACGGACAUCCCCAUCACACGGGUGGAUGCUUCCAUCAUCGCUCCCUUUAUUCCCCCGCUGAUGAGGAGUCCCACUGUCAUCAACACAGAGAAGGACAAGGUCCUGUCACACACCCAGCCGCCCUCUGGAGAUCCAUCAGUUUUGGUGCGUCUCAUUCAUGACGGUCAGCUAAGACUCGACAAGCUAGAAGAGCACAGCGAGAACGAGCUGAGAACAAUACUGGACCGCUGCGCAGCGAGUUUCACCCCAGACUCCACGAAGAAUGAGCUGCUGGGGUCCCUGAUCUCCUUGUACACACUUGUUCAUGGUGGCCUCUCCACGGCCCCACAACCCCCUCCACACCUCACUGCUGGCAAGCUGUGCAAGGUCUGCCCCCACAAGGUGGUGUGCGGCUCGAAGUACUUGGUGAGAGGAGAGACUGCUCGGGACCACGUAGACCUGCUCCUGUCCUCCCGCUACUGGCCCCCAGUCUACGUUAGUGACUGUGCCCGUCAGGUGGCGCUCUGUGCUGACAUGCAGUACCCAGAACAGGCAACCCAGAUGUGGAGCAGGAACCAAGGCUGCUUCUCUGACCCUUUCGAAAAGCCGGAGUUUGUGUCAUGUGCUGAGCUAGAAGAGCAGCCGUACAGCGCGGACCAUUCGUUGGUAGCCGAGAACCAGCAGGUCCACCCCAUCACCAAGUCAUCGAGUUGCUGGCUGGUUCAUCCUCCUGAAGCAGCCCAGGAGCCUCCGGCUCCGUCAAAGCACCACUCAAUGGCCCUCUGCAGAGAUCUGGAACCCUACGUCCACCUGAUGGCCGAGCAGGCAAAAGAGGAGGAUGACGAAGGUGAAGAACCGAAAGCUGAGGAUGACGAAGGUAAAGAACCGAAAGCUCAGGUUGACGAAGGUGAAGAACCGAAAGCCCAGGAUGACUCCGCCGUGAAAUCUGAGGACUGUUACUCGGUCAGUCGUGCGCGGCGCCAACCUGCAGUUUUCAACAACACAGCUUAUUACUACCUUUACAACCGCCUGGUAGAUUUCCUCACCAGCAGAGACAUCGUGAGCCAGCAGAUCAACUACGUGGUAAAAGCCUGCCAACCGGGAGAGGUCGUGAUCAGGGAUGCUCUGUACCGACUGGGAGUGGCACAGAUCAACACAGAGAAAGAGGGAAAUGAAGGAAGUGGAGUGGAGGGACAGACACACGAGGUAGGGACAGACACGUAUGAGGUCGAGCUGCCUGAGUAGAAAUGUUCAGGAUGGACAAUCAACAUGGAUGACCUGAAUGUAAAGAUGGCUGCAUACACAGACAGGAGAACAGAUAAUAACAAGAGACAUGAGGACAAAUGAGGUGCCAUGAGGAGAGAAGCAGGUGCUACCAGAAGGAGCCAGGAGGCGACACGGCGCUAUCUGCAAUUCAGUGUUGGCAGACGUUCUCCUAACGAACCUGUACAGCCUAAGGGUGUGUUUGUGAUGUGAGGAAAUAUCAGCCAUGGUUACUGUGAAUAAACAAAGAAAAUAAAGGUCAGGGAACAAUAUCAGGGAGUUGGUAUAAGUCAAAAUGAUGGAGACUAAAAUGUCAAAAUUAUUAUUUCAAAUGACUAAAGGAAUGUAACAAUGUGUUGUUCACCAUUAGGGGGCCAUGAAGUGAAAGUUUGAGUAACGGUGUUCCUGUGACUCAAACAAUGUAAACAGGAUUUUAAUAACUCUUCUAAUUCAAGCCUGAAUGUAUUUAUUAUUUCACCAUGAAUAUAGUAUUUUGUAUUUAUUGCCGCUUUUAUGUCCAGAAGCAUUUCUGCUUUUACCUCUCCUCUGCUACUGGUGGUCUUUUGGACUGAGAAGAGAAGUGAGGAUCAAUGCGUCUCUGUGGAACGUACUCAUUCAUAAUGUGGUGAUGGAUCUUUUAUAUUGAGUCUUCUCAAUGGAGAUCCAUUCAAGGACUCAUACAAUUGAUUGGCUUCAUUUCCAAUCCACAGUCAGCCUUUGAGAAUAAAUUGAAGAUAUUUUAAGAGAUCUGCAUGAGGUGCUUUAUAGAACUCACUUUUUGUCACCGAUGCUUUGCUUAACAAUUAAUAAAAAAUAGUUAAGGUCAGACUUAAAGUGUUCAAUAGGAGACACUGAAGACAUCGCAGCACGGUGGCUCAGUGGUUAGCACUGUCGCCUCACAGCAAGAAGGCCCUGGGUUCGAAUCCCGGUCGUUCCAGGUCCUUUCUGUGUGGAGUUUGCAUGUUCUCCUCGUGUCUGCGUGGGUUUCCUCCGGGUACUCCGGUUUCCCCCACCAUCAUAAAGACAUGCACCGCAGCCUCACCCCGGUUCAUAUGGAUGAAUGAAUGUUGGCGGUGGUCGGAGGGGCCGAAGCCGCUGAUUGGGAGCCACGCUUCCGUCAGUCUGCCCCAGGGGAGCUGUGGCUACUGAUGUAGCUUACCACCACCGGGAUGACUGUGUGUGUGUAUGACUACUGGACUCUGGACUUUAAAGCGACUUUGAGUGUCAAGAGAAGCGCUAUAUAAAUGAUUAUUAUUAUUAUUAUUAUCGUAUAUUAUGUAGAUAAAGAAAAUAGUUUAAACAAUUAUCUUGUAAAUGAAACUGCUGAUGUAACAAAUGGAUAUGAAUGAGUAAUUAAAUAAAUCAUUAAGUUGA